AUGCCCUCCGCACACAAGCCAACCACGAUUAGUCAUAUGUUUUUUUUAAUAUCAAUUUUCGCUACGUUCUGGCCGCUGCUGGGACUGCUGGUGCUCUCAGCAACAACAACAAACAAGCCAUCCGUGGCACCUACUACGAUGGAAAACCGUCCCCCACCGAGCAGCAGUGGCAGCAGCCAUCGGAUAACUCCGAAUGAUUUCUACUUCGGCAAGCUGCUGGGCGAGGGAAGCUUCAGCUGCGUGUAUUUGGCCAAAGAGGUGCGAACAUCGAAGAAAUACGCGGUCAAGGUGUGCGAGAAGCGGUUGAUCCUGCGCGAAAAGAAACAGGAGUACGUGAAGCGCGAACGGGAGGUGCUCAACCGGCUGAGCGGACGGCCCGGCUUCCUGGGGUUGUACUGCACUUUUCAGGAUCGGACUAGACUGUACUUCGUGAUGACGUAUGCCUGCAACGGGACGCUACUGUCGCUGUUGUCGCGACCCUCCUUCACGCUGGAUUGUGCCCGGUUCUAUGCGGCCGAAAUACUGCUCGCGCUGGAGAUAAUGCACGAUCUCCAGAUCCUGCACCGCGACAUCAAACCGGAAAAUAUUCUGCUCGAUCAGCACAUGCACGUGCUGAUGGCGGACUUUGGUUCCUCGAAGCUCGACUACGAGGACCUGGAACCCGAAACGGCGCGCCAACAGCAGCAGAACCACAACAGUGCGGAGCAGUCCGAUGUUUCCUCCUCGCCUACUAUGUCGUCCGCCCGAAAGCACGCCGAACAGGUGCUGGGAGCGAAGGGAGCAAAAGAUCUUCAGACGGACACCAACGAGGACGAAGACGACAGUGACGAGACGGAAGAGCGCUAUCCGGCGACGCGGGGCGCCAAGCGGCGUAGCUUUGUCGGCACGGCACAGUACGUGUCGCCGGAAAUCCUCAAAGGCACUCCGUCCUCACCUGCCUCGGACCUGUGGUCGUACGCGUGCACCGUGUACCAGAUGGUGUGCGGUGUGCCGCCGUUCCGGGCCGCGUCGGAGUAUCUGAUUUUUCAGAAAAUCCUCCGCUGCCAGGUGCACUACGGCGAAGGCUUCGAUCCGGUCGCGAAGGACCUGGUGACACGCCUGCUACAGAUCGAGCAGUGCAAACGGCUCGGUGCGCACGAUCAACCACGCUACUGCACGCUGCGGGCACACCCGUUCUUCCGCGGGGUCAGCUUCGAACAGUUGCGCAGCACGCCGGCCCCGAUGGCACCCUCCGAGGACUCAGUAUUACACGGGGAGACGGUCGUGGCCAACGCGGCCAACUACUUCCCUGAAGGCAUGAAGCCCGGCCUGGAUGAUCGGCAGAUUACGCGCUUGCUCGACUUCAAGCUGGCCGAUCUCGAAGUGUCCGACGACGACACCGACGGAAGCGGCGAGGAAAGCGGAGGAGGGUCCAAAGUGGCCCCUGCGAAAGCGGUCCGCAGCACCGUCGGGACGGCAUCCCUAAAGCUGACGAAAUCGUUCACCGAAGGCACGGCGAUCGAUGGCAGCAAGCACGACAGUGGCACGUUGGCCGUGUGGGAACCGUUCACCGAGGGCGAACGGAUCCUCAAGUACGGCUUCGUGCAUAAGCGGAAGGGACUGUUCGCGAGGCGGCGCAUGUUUCUGCUCACCACCGGCCCAAGACUGAUCUACAUCGAUCCGGUGAACAUGGUGAAGAAGGGCGAGAUCCCCUGGACGCCCGUGCUGUCGGUGGAGGCGAAAAACUUUAAAACGUUCUACGUACAUACGGAUACGUCAUCGGAUGGCGGGUCGGAUAGUGAUGACGCUCCUUCAGCCGUACACGCCCUAUGUAUGGUGGGAAAAGGGGCGAGCUUUGUGAAGAUUGAGGACCUAUUGUCGUUGGACACGAGUGUCUUGAAGCUAAUCUACACUUCCCAAACGGAACGUUACCAAUUGAAUGCCUCAAAUCUGGAACGUUUUGCCCAGCUGCGGCAGCUGCACAUCCAAUCCGUUAACUCACAUCUGCUUCGUUUCGAUAUCGAUGCAAGCCUGCCCGUUGAAAGGCUUCACCUAGAAUCGCUCGAGCUAAUACGGAGCGAGCUACCGAACGUGCUCGAUCGUAUCGUUCCUUCGAUGGCGGAACUGGGCCUUCCGCAGCCGGUGUCCAGUGGCCAGGAGCAGGCGGCUAGCGCGUACGAGAUCGUCGAUCACGAGCAAGAGCUCGUGAACGAUGAGCACGCCAACACCCUGAUUGAAACGUUCGAACUCGAAAUUGUCCCGUACGAGGUCUAUAAGCGUGAUAUAGCCAGCACUAACAACGUAUCGUUCUAUGGGUGGAACAACCUGACUGAACUCAGCAUCCACGAUUGCCGGCUCGACUCGCUCCAUCCUGACUUCCUGUACGGUCUCGAGCGCCUCCAGCGCCUUUCGUUGCAGCACAACAACCUCAAGGUGUUACCACCGUUCGCGUUCUACGGUGCGCCGAACGUACGGCUCCUGUCGCUCGCUAACAACCGGUUACUAGAGGUCAGCUACUACUCCCUGGCGGGUCUGCUUGAGCUGCAAAUGCUCGAUCUGUCGGCGAACAACAUUUCCAAGGUUUCGGAGCUUACGUUUCCGCCCUUCCCGAAGCUGGCGAAGCUCGAUCUGCGAGAAAAUCCGAUCGAGUACAUAUUCGACAGCUCGUUCGUGAUUGCCAACUUGACGCGCUCGCUGUUCAUCGGGAGCGCGACGGUCGGGCUGCAGGUGGCAACGCCGAAACCCUUCCAGGGGCUCGCGCAAAUGGAGGUCCUCGAGAUCCGCAAUCUUCAGAUGGCCUCGCUCAAUCAGUACCUCUUCCGUGGGUUACGUGCCCUGCGCACGCUGCGGCUGCUCGACGGCAACAUUUCGUUCGUCGAGUACGACAGCUUUGCCGAGAUGAAGAACCUGACCGAUCUGCAAGCCACCCGGUGCGCGAUCGGUGCCAUCUCGAUGGAUGCCUUUUUCGGUGUCAAGCGUCUGCGCACGAUCGACUUGUCGUACAAUUUGUUCACCGAGCUGCCGGCCGGACUGUUUGAUGAGCAGCUGCAGCUGGUCGAAUUGUAUUUGCAUGGCAACAGGCUGACGCAGCUUCCGAGCGAGUUCUUCCGCCGGCUCGCCCCAGCGAUCCAGUUAGUGCGAUUAACCGACAAUCCAUGGGUUUGUAGCUGCACGAUGAGCGACUGGCGUCAGGCGACCACCAAUCGCCUGAAGGUGUCCACCGGCGGCGGUGGUGGGCCGCCUUCAUUCAUUUACAGCAACAAGCUGACGCCACGCUGCAGCGACCCCACGCACCAGAUCCACAACCGUAGCGUGUACUACGUCAUUCGCAAGAACCUUCCCUGCAACGUUGACGGGGGCAAGUACGCCAAGAUGGCGUUGCGCAUCAGUGAGCUGAACCGUCGCAAGCAGCUCAUGCUACUAGAACAGCGAAACGCUGCCAGACACCAUGGAUCGCACGGCAACCCCCCGGUACACGGUGCACCAGUGCCUGCCUUCGUGCAUCCGGUGGUCGGUGAAAGGCCCAGAUCGUUGCUGUAUGAGGAGAAACGUUUACGUUUGUUGCAAAAGAAGCUCCAAAAGGACCGCCACCAACGUGGCGAGGCCGAUAAGCAUCGGCAUCAGCAGUCGCCACCGCAAGGGCAACAGCAGCACCACCGCACCGUGAGCAACGAGCUCGAGUACUAAUGGUUAUUUGUAACUAAGGAACAAACCAAAAAUGGGUCGAUUAUACACAUACAACCAGAAUAAAUCAACGAAU